AUGAACGGCACAGUAGACCAGUCUCUCUUCUCUACCAAGAGCAACAAGAUGGAUAACAAAUUAACUCGUACGGCAUACCUAUACUCGAUCCUGGCUUCAGCUACCAUCCUAUAUCAAGAUCUCCACCUCGUACCCUCCUACGCCAAAGCAUACGGAAUCCUGAUGAGCGUGGCUUUCAUCCUCAUCUUCCCUCUCGGCGCUACAGUACUUCGUCUUGUCAAGUCCAAACAUGCCGUUUGGCUUCAUUUCGGCAUCCAACUCACAGGAUGGGCUCUUAUGCUCGGCGGACUGGCAACCGUCAUCGUGGUCCUCAUGCUCAUCCAGCCGUUCCUGGGUGUCAUCCACCACUGGAUUUAUAUCCGGAAGAAGACGCGCACGGCUCUUGCCCCUGUACAUGUUUGGUUGGGCAGGAUUUUGAUCAUCCUUGGUAUGGUCAAUGGCGGACUAGGGCUUCGGCUUGCGGAUAAUACUCAUGGGGGAAAAAUCGCGUAUGGGGUUGUUGCUGGGGUGUGUGGUGCGAUGUACUUGGCUUGGGUUGUCUAUCGUCUUAGACGGAGGGGGAAUGGGAGAAAGGAAGUUGAGAAUGUAGAAUUGCUGGGGACGGUGGAGUAG